ACGCCAAUGCAGAAUGCUAGCAACCUCAGUGAUGACAUGCGAGUCGACAUGCCUCUGACAAAAAGAAUUCGAAUAACCUCGCAAAGCAACGGUGUUGCCGAAAAUACAGAGACUGGUUGGUUAGACAUAGUUCUCAACGAACAAGAGGUGGAUCCUAGUUGUGAGCCCUGGGAUUGCUAUUUCCAAGACUCUCAAGUGCCAAAACAUAAAGCUCCUAAUUCUGACAUUACAUUCGCUACGCCUUUCGUUUUCAAGCCCGUAAAUCCGGCCCAAGGUCUUCCAACUAUCGAUUCUCCAAACUCUUUUCGAAAACAAGAAUCUUUAUUUCCUUCAAACUAUCCGUCUUUCUCUGCAAAUACUUUAUCCGAAGACCAAGUUGGUAAGAUAGUUGAGAUUCUUGGAACUGUGUUGGAAGAAAUAAAACUUGUGAAUGAAUCUUCUUAUCCACAGUCUGCAAACAUUAAACCCCCUCUCAUAAAAACCGUGGAACACCUACGUUCCAUCCUUUCCCCCUCAAACACUUCUAUUACAUUACCUUCCGACGUUGAAUUAUAUAGUCAUAUAUUUAAUUUUUAUUGCCAGAUGACUGCUUUUUUAACCGUGAUCCAUUUGUUUUUUGAAAUCAUCGUUAUGGAUUUUUUAUGUGAACAUGAGGAAGGACCACAUACAAGACGUUUAUCUAUAGAAAAAUUUAUGAACAUUUUUGAUGAUGCAGACAAUUUUUUAUUGUAUCAUUCUUCACCUGUUGAAAUAGAACCAAAUAAUAGUGAUCUAGAGGCAUUCUUUUGGUAUUAUCGUGGGGUUAUACGAUCUCAACCUCAAUAUCAUUGUGAUCUUUCAGACCGUUUUAGAAAAUUUUCAAUUUAUUUCUCUUCAUUAGAUAUCACUGAAUCUAUAUUAUCAAUGUUUUAUACAAAACAUUUCUUAAACGUGUUUGCUAAAGAACAUCAAAAAGAUCAUGGUCAAUUUUACACACCAAGGGAGGUCAUGAAAUUCAUGUGGGAUCGUGUUUUACUCGGUAGAGGUACUGGUACAUGGAUUGAAAAACUUCUUGGAGGCUCUUUUCAAUCAAAAAAUGUUAUGAGCUGUCCAACCGGUCAAUCCUCAAUCGUAUCAUCAUCUUGGGGAAUUUAUCCUCAAGCUCCGAGUGUUCUGGAUCCCUGUAUGGGAAUAGGUUCUUUCCUUUGUGAGUUCAUACAUCGUUUGACUCUUGCUGCACAACAAUGUCCUUCAGUGUGGCAUGAUCCAAAAGCUGUUUCCCAUCUUCUUCAGUCUUUAACAAAAAAUAUUUGGGGUAUAGAAAUUGAUGCUUUUGCGUUUCACCUUUGCAAACUUAACAUAACGAUACACUUAUUACCUCUUUACAAACGUUUCUCUCAACUUUCUUACGCGAGUGAACUUAAAUUAUAUCGUUUACAUUUAUUUUGUAACGAUACUUUAAAUUUAUAUCUUCCAAAACGAGAACUCACGUGGGAAUAUGAAAAUUUAUGGUUACUACGUUCACCUCAACGUCUUAAAUUUGAUUAUAUAGUAACUAACCCUCCUUACAUGAUUCGAAAGACCGGAUUUAUAUCAGAACCUGAUAGUGAACUUUUUGACGAAAGAGUGUUGGGUAAAGGUGGCAUGCAAGCUUAUGCUUACUUUUUUUGGUUUUGUGUAGAAAGAUGUCAGGAAGAGGCUGGGGAAAUCUGCCUUAUUAGUGGUAAGGCAUGGUUAUGGCAGAAAUGUCAUCUAGUAGAAUUCUUUCAAUUUGAACCAUUUAAAGUUUGGCGUAAAAUACAAACAGAUUCUUUAAUAUUUCGUCUUAGACGUCGUAGUGAAUCUAUACCUUCUAAUGGUUUAAUUCCUAUAAGACCUUCUAUUACUUCUGAACCUUCAACUAUAUUCUUAAGAUAUAUGAAUCGUAAAGCAACAUUACAAGAAACACUUCAAGCUUAUGCAAAUUUUAGUCCAAAUGCUACAUUAUUUGAUAAAGAUAUGCAUUAUAAAAUAACACCACCUCAUCCACAUACUAGUCUUCCUUCACCUACAAGUUCAUAUUCUUUUACAUUUUUAAUGCCUACAUCAGCUGUUAGUGCAUACCUUCAUUCAAUAACAGCACAUCUUCCUUCACUUUGUGAUCAUUCAAGUAUGAAACCAACUUGGCUUGAAUGUAAUCCAUUAAUUUGGCAUAGAGGACCAAAUACUAAUCCAGUAUAUGCUCUUGUUGUUCGUACCUCAUGGGCAUAUUCUAAAUUUGGUAAAGAUGUAUGUAGACGUUGGUUAAGACCUGUUUUUUAUUGGAAUGGAAAAAAUGGAGGAAAAGAAGCAGAAUUUUGGCAAAAAAUGGGAGAUGAACUUAGACUUGAAAAAAAAGAAAGUUCACCUGCUGAAGCUUAUGUACCUUUCCUUUCAUAUAAUUCAUGUGGUUCUACUAUAUCAAAAGAUAGUCUUGAACAAGAAAAGUCAAUGUAUUCUUUAAUAAUGGUAGAUCGUGAUGCCGUAGAUAAAGUACGUAAAGAUUUUGGUGAAACCAGUGAAUUUUGGAUUUACCUUAAAGAAGCACGUAAAUAUUUACAAACUGGGAUGACUUCGCGAGAACCACGUCAACGAUUUUUUAUCGAUGAAGAUAAUGUGUGUGUAACUAAUCAGUGUAUUUACUUCACGAUAAAAACUACAACCGAUCUUCCAGCACAUUUCUUUCUUGGUCUCCUUAAUUCGACCACUAUUCAACAUUUUUUAUCACAUCAUUGUAAAUAUGAUCAACAAGGCAGGAUGAGACUUUUCCGGGAGAAUAUGGCAAAAAUACCAUAUGCGGCACCAACGGAUCCUAAUGGAAUAAAUUGGUUCAUUGAAUGUACAAGAAAAAUGAUAAUAGUUCGUCAAAUGUUAUAUGAAGGUAUCGGAUCAUGUGAAGAUGAGGAAAAAGUUGGAGGAGCAGUAGUAGAAAAAUUAAGAAGAGGAGCAUGGCAAUUAACAGGUCGAGAAUGGCAAGAAAGAGAAAGUGAAAUUUUUAAUAAUGAAUCUAGUGUUAUUUUAAGGGAAGAACAAGAAGGAAAUUGGGUUAUGGUUAAAGAAUGUCGUGGUAGAGGAGAAAGUCAAGAGUAUUCAUUAUGUUCAGGAUUUGAAGAAGAACAAAGGAGGAACACAACGAGAACUCACUUUUUAAAACCAUUUUUUGAAUCUCUCUUGCACGCUUCAGCAUGCCUUCAAUACGGAAUAGAUCAAUAUGCAUAUUCAUUAUAUGGAAUAGAUGGUAAAUUUCAAAUGGCCUUAGAAGAGGAAUUAAAAAUCGAAAAUUUCGAAAUUAUCAUUACCAAAUUCCCCCGAUGGAAUGGUAACAUAAGUAAUGGCCACGUAAAAACGGAAACAAGAGGUGUUGUGCCAGAGUGGGGAGAAAGACUCCUACAAGAAGUCGACCAAGCGAUUAAAGGAGGGGAAAUCCUGUUACGUCAUAAAAGAACGUCAACAGGUAACAGAUAA